AUGGUCAUCGGCAAGAAGGGUGAACAUCUGAAGUCCCUGGAGCAGAAAUACAAGGUUUCAGUGAAGCUGGACACGGAUGAGACGGCUGGCCUUUGCACGAUUUGCGUGUCCGGAAAGUCUUCCAAAUCAGUGGCUGCAGCUGUUGCUGAGUUGGACUUCGACUAUCAGAGAGUUGAGGUGCAACCAGAGGUGGCCAGCUGGCUGCGAAGCAAGGGACGCACGUUGAAGCUGAUCAAAGAGAUGACGGGGGUCACCCUGCUCAGGUUAACCAGCGAGGAGGAGAUUGAGGGAGGCACUACGCCCUCAGUCGAGAUCAAAGGUCUCAAGAGCCAGGUGCAGUCUGCCGUACUCUGCCUGCAGGCCCACAUGAGUUACCACUCGGUCUUCGUGGAGAUGGAGCAGGUGGAGAAAGACCUAGACGAACGCAUCGCAGAGGCGAAACUGCACACUGCGCAAAGACCCGUUGCGUAG